AUGAAACUGCUAUGGGUAAAGGCUCAGGUGAAUAACCUAAACGACAAAAACAUCCGAGUGACUGUUGAAAUCCUUAACGAUGAUUACUUCAUCGUGAAACAAGUUAAAAAGGCAGUUGAUAUAGCAGUUUCUCGAAAAGUCAUUUACAUAUACUAA